AUGACAUCCAAAUGGACCAACGAGUCGCAGGCUCUGCACGUCUCCCGCCACGCCUUCAUCGUGGGCCUGGUGCAUAUCUUCCAGACCUCCGCGCACUACUGCAUCGCGCGGAGCAAAGGAAUGCAGAACGAGUACCGAGUCAUGGAGCUCUGCUCGGAGAACCUCAACGCGCGGAUCCUCCACGCGCCCGGGUCCGGCCUGGCGGGGAAUUUGUGCGCGCGCUACACCGCCUGCGUGGCCUUGGCCCUGGAGUACCUCCACAACCAGGAGAUCGUGUUCCGAGACCUGAAGCCGGAGAACGUGCUGAUCGCCGGGGAAGUGAAGAACGACGGCGGCGUGGCGAAGCUCGCGGACUUCGGCUUGGCCUGCCCCAUGCACCUGGAGGACGGGGCCACGCCGGUCAACAAAGCCCCGACCACCGGCCUGAACAUCUUCGAUUGCGGGUUUCCGACGCCGGACGCAGGCACGCCGGCCUUCAUGGCCGCGGAGGUCUUUCUGCGCUGCGCCACUCCGGUGGAUCUGUCGGAGGUGGAGGCACGGAGCGCGCGGGCGCAGCGCGCAGCCUCCCGGGACUGGUUCGCGCUGGGCUGCUGCCUCCUGCUGAUGCUCUUGGGCGAGCGGGGAGGACGCCUGGCCACCGCGCAAGGGCGCCAGGUGCUGCUGCCGCUGGAGGGCCCUCGCCUCACCGAGGCUUUGCGCUUGGCUCUCCAGGAGAAGCGCCGCGACGCGGCGGCGUUGCAACUCACCGCUGCCCUCACGGCGCCACUGGAAGUGCGGGCAGGGCCCAAGGAGCUCCGGGCAUGCGCCUUCCUGCAGAAGGCCAUGGAGGAGAUGGAGCAGAGGGCCCUUGACUUCGACCGGAGGGCCAAGGUGUAUCUUACCCUGGUCCAGCCGGAUGCACAGAGUGGAGGCUACUCCCGCCGCGCGGGAGUGCAGAACAUCCAUGCGCUACCUCGCUUCAGCCGUGUGGAGGUGCCAGGGAAGGCCAAGAACUUGGAGGAGGCUGUGGCGGCGGUGGGUGGGCGCAAGGCGGUGGCAGAGGCUCUGGAUGGCCAGGGCAGGCUGCGCUUCCGGCUGUGCAGGCAGUACCAGUUCCAGGCGCCUCUGCCCAUGAAGCGGCACCGCACGUCAGACCUACUGGUGCGCGCCAAGCGGAAAGCUGAUGGGACCUGGGACUGCCAGCCCGUGGCCUGGGUGGCGACCUCCUUCCAGACGGAGGUGCUGGCAGACUUCCUCUUCGUGCCCGGUCCGCAGCUGCGGUACGGGGAGCAGCCGGUCAUCGGGUCCAUCGAACAGGAGCUUGCUGGCCAGAGCAGCGGCGGCACACCCUACAUGCCGCCCGCCUACUUCACGAGGGUGGACACUCCGCAGCCCUACGACUUCGAGGAGAACGCCUUCCUGCGGCGGCACCGGAACAAGGAGGUCAAGGCCAUCGCGGGCACCGGGGAGACCAAGAUCUCGCGCGGCUGGAUCCAGGUGCACGUGAUGAAGUUCGACGGGGGCGCGGUGCCCACGGAGCCCCCGGAAGGCGCCAAGGACUCGCUGCGGGAUGAUGAGAAGGACGUGGUGGAAGCCAUGCGGCGCCAUUUCGAGCAGCGGCCGCUGUGGCUGCGGGGCCCCAUGGAGGAGCAGCUGCAAUUGCAGCGCCUCUCCCCCAAUGUGAGCACCUUGCAGAAGAGCUUCAUGUGCGUGAGCUACCUCUGGUCAGAUGGCCCCUGGCGCCAGGCGUACAUCCGCUUGGGCUACGACCCUCGCAAGUCUCCGGAGACACGCACCUUGCAGGUCAUCGACUUCCGGGACCGCUUUCUGCGGCAGCAGCGAGCCUACUUUGAGCGCCUGCAGGGGACGCUGGACCAGACGCCGGUGCAGGCGCUGGACUGCCACUUCCGCACCCCGCCAGUGAACCGAUCCCAGCUGUACCAGUACCUCGACAUUGAAGAUGAGGCGGUGCAGCAGCUGCUGAAGUCGUCGGAGGUGCUGGAGGAGUGUUCCUAUAAGACCGGGUGGCUGCCACAGCAGACCUUGGAGAAUAUUCGCGAGCGUAUGGCCGUCAAGGCGGAGCUCCUGCGGCGGUCGCGGCAGCAGCCCGCCCUACAGGAUGCGGCGCCGCCUUUGGCGCUCGAGGACGAGGCCGUUUGA